AUGAUUCAGCCUCCACCAUCCUAUGACCAGGUGAUCCAGGAGAAGACCCAGGAGGAGCACGUCGUCAGGCCCACUGCAGCCCCCCGCUGGACCAUUACAAGCGCCACACAGACCGACCCUGAGAGGGAAGACGCCGCCGCCGACCCACAAAGCAGUGCGGCUCCACAGUUGGCUGAGAAAAGAUCUACCGGCAAAAAACCAAAGAAGCCACCGAGGCCGUCGCUGCCGAAGCCAGUGGACAGAGAACUGCUCUCUGAAACUGUGGGAACAAAUACUACAUCCACCAAUACUCAGGAUCAAAGUGGAUCUAAAUCUGACGUAAAACAACUCAACCGAGCAGAUCUCACUCACACCAGGUCUGUGACCGUACACUGGGAUAUUCCUGCUGAAACUGCUCCCUCCUCUUCAAACUCCGAACCCCGUCAAUGCCCAGUUCCGCUUCCUCGUAGAAAAACCCGAAAGCAGGCGAUUACAGAGGAGGUCAAAGUUCAGUCUUUGGUCAUACUCAGUGACGACUGUGACGCUCUUCCCCCUUAUCCUGAGGACUUAUCUUCAAAUAAAUAUUUACAGGAACUAUUAGAGGCCUUUGGAGCAGAAAACCAGUGUGAGGAGAACCAAUCAGACGAGGCCUCUACAGGUGAAGAUGCUGUUGGCGAGAUGAACGCCAACCACACUCAACGUAACAUCCGUGCCAGGAUCCAGGCCUUCGAGAGCCAGACGGAGGAGGGAAAUGUGGCUGAACCAGUCAAACCGGAGCCUCGGCCCAGGAAGGCCAUCGCCAAACCUCCAGUUGCUGCUAAACCCUCUGUGGCGCUCAAACCUCAGUUCAACCACAGCGCAGAUGAUGACUACCAAAACGUCUUGUCCACAUAUUCAGCAGAAAUCCAGGUACUGGACCAGAGACCUCAGCCCCCUAAAAAAACAGUGGGGCUGUCGAUAAAAGAGGAGUUAGAGACUAUACACAAAAAGGGGGCCGUGCCAGGCAGAUCCCGUCCUCCUUUACUGACCAGAGCCGAGACCAUCGAUGAAGGGGACAUUUCACCAAUUCCUCCUGUACCUCCUGUGAAGCCCUUUAAAGAGCCUCUCAAACCAAACCUGAACUUUAACAACCACAACUCAGCCUCCAUGUUCACUGAGAACGAGUAUGUGAACACGAUAUCAAACCACGUCCCAGUGGAGCCUCAGCACAGUGUGGACAGCAACGGAGCCUCUUUCACCAGACAGAGUCUCACGAGGAGACCGACCACCAUCAGGGUCCCCAGCAAAACUGCCUCAUUCUCAGAUUCUUUUCAGGACAGUGCUCCUCCUCUCCCUGUUCAGAAGCCUGUGGGCUCCAUGAACUCCUCAGUAAUCCACAAACAGAUGUCAACACCCAUCCUCCCGUCACAGGAGUCUUUCCAGUUUGGACCAGAGCCAUCGCUACCUCCUCGGAGGUCCAGCACAAUCAAAACCCUCCCCCCUCGCCCACCUCCGGCCAAACCAGGCCCGGGAAGACCUCCCCCACCCAGCCUUCAGGCCACCGGUCGAUCCCACUCAGUACCAUGGGACGUUUCACUCAAACCACAGGCUCAGAAGCCCCGCGGGAAAAGACCUGUCUUGCCUCCGAGGCCCAACCCGGGCCACCGUCUCUACAACAAAUACACUCUUGAACUUCCCCAUGGAAUCGCAGCCCUUGACUACAACGGCAGCAACACAGGAGAGCUGUCACUCCAGAAAAAUGAAGUUCUUCUGCUGCUGGCGGAAAUCGACCAUAAUACCUUUGAGUGCCAGGUCGGAGACAUCAGAGGCCGAGUCCCCAAGUCUCGCCUGACAGUCAUAACUCCUCUUACUGCAGACAUGUCCCCACCACAGGGCUCUGUAACAAGCACUACAGGCGGAGAUGGUCAUGGGCUGAAGGUGCAGGUCAUACAUGACUUCAUCCCAGAGGGUCCAGGAGAGCUGGGUCUGAGAAAAGGAGAUGUUGUGACCAUGGUGGAGCCGGUGAACGACGAGUGGUACAAAGGAACAUGUCGGGGAUCGAGUGGUUUCUUUCCUGUCAAUUAUGUCAAAGUCUUGUCAGAUUCAACAAAAACCCUCCCUGAAAGGAAACCGAAGCCCCCACCUGCAACAGUCAGUGGUCCACGCUGCGUGGCGAGGUUUGAAUUUGAGGGGGAGCACAGUGACGAGCUGUCGUUCUCGGAGGGGGAUGUGAUCCAGCUGAAGGAGUACGUCGGAGAGGACUGGGCUCGGGGACAGAUCGGCGUCUCGACUGGGAUCUUCCCUCUUAACUUCGUGGAGGUGGUUGAAGAUCUGCCUCCACCUCCCAGUCGGCAGCAGACACUUCCCAAGAGCUUCCCCCUGCCAGGCAUGGUGGCCUCUCCUGGUGCAAAUUCUGAGUUUGCCAAACCUGCUCAGUCGUCUCAGUCCAGCGUGGAUUGGGUGGUGGCUCUGUAUGACUACGCCGGGAGGUCAGAGGACGACCUGUCCUUUAAGCAGGGCGACUGCAUCCUGGUCACCCAGCACAUUAAUGCUGAGUGGAGCAGUGGCAGGCUCAAUGGCAGAGAGGGCAUGUUCCCCAGUGCUUUUGUUGAGAGCAGAUCAGCAGGUCAGCAGUCACUCAGCAGUCAGCAGAAUGAAGCUGCAGCUGCUGGUGGAAGAGCCAGAGCUCUGUUUAACUUCACAUCAGACUGCGAUGAGGAGCUCUCUCUGCAGAUCGGAGAUAUUGUAACCAACCUGGAGACAAUUGAUGGAGAAUGGUUUCUGGGGGAUUUGAGGGGGAAGCGAGCCCUGGUCCCUAAAAACUAUGUACAAGUUCUGGGAUAGUACAAAAAGAACUGAAGAUGACCACAAGUGGAUUUAUACCUGAGGACAAACCGAAGCUUUCACCAGUGGAGGUCUUCAGUGAACUGUAGUAUUUAAUUACAAAUUAGUGCAACAUCUUGUAUCAUCUGCAGCAUUAACUUGAAAUGUUCACUGGAUUUAUCAUGGUUAUAAAUACUUUAGAGUAAACCUGGCUGUAAAUACCCUGCUUUUUUAAAAUCCAGCUGUAUUUUGAAUUAUUUACCCUUUGCACCAUCUAGUGGUUUGUCUCCCAUGUCCUUUCCCUCACAGUUCAAGUUACUUCACAGAUACAAAAAAUAUGGGUUAUAACAAAGUAUGUCAUCUUUUUGUAACCUGGUCAUUGAUUCCAUGGAAAUAUUCAAUAAAAGUACUACUGGAUAAUAACUGCAAA